AUGUUUUAUACACAUGCUGAGCGGAUGUACGCAGAGAGAGCUAUCGAGGGACGAGAAGCAGCUCAAAUUCCACUGCAUUCGGAUAACUAUCGUGGAGAACUGGUUCAAUCUCAGGACGGCUCGUCCUCAGAGAGCGAGAUAAACAAUGAUGGAACAUGGGGAGAAAAUGAGCAAGGCAGGCCAGUCAAUUGCUUGGCUGCUAUGCACGACUACGAAGACUUGCGCCAUCAACUCACGCAUUUGUCGAGAACUCGUUCACAAAAGAGUGCAGCUACUGCCCGAAGAACAUCGGCAUUGAAGAGAACUAUAACUAACGCAAGUCGCCGCUCACGAGCGACCGCUGGUGAAGAUGUAGAGGCACAAGAAGAAGAGGAAAAGCUCGAAGAGGUGACGGCUGAGGACGAGGAUGAAUUUGUGCUGGGUGACUUUCUCAAAGACGGUCAUUUUGAGAAACGAAACACAAGAGGGAGCGCGAAGAAGGUCGGUGUGAUAUACAAAAACUUGACUGUGCAGGGGGUUGGUGCGACGUCAACAUAUGUCAAGACUCUUCCAUCUGCUAUCAUGGGUACUUUCGGACCCGACUUGUACAAGUUAUUGACGCGGUUCAUUCCUGUGCUUCCUAAACCUGGAUCUAAUGGCCUGAGACGCGAUUUAAUUCACGAUUUUACUGGUUGUGUAAGGGAUGGGGAAAUGCUGUUAGUUUUGGGAAGACCUGGUUCUGGAUGCAGUACAUUCCUCAAAGCUAUUUCCAACAAGAGGGGUGAUUUUGCUGGUGUCACGGGAGAAGUCUCAUACGGAGGGAUUUCUGCUGAAGAGCAAGCAAAACACUACCGAGGAGAGGUAAACUACAACGAAGAAGAUGACCAGCACUUUCCAACUCUUACAGUUGAACAAACUUUGGAUUUCUCACUCCUAAAUAAGACAAAGAAGCACGAAAAAGGAGAUAUCCCAACGAUAAUUACAGCGCUUUUGAAGAUGUUUGGUAUUUCUCAUACGCGUCAUACCCUCGUUGGAGAUGCUUUCGUCCGAGGUGUUUCUGGUGGUGAGCGGAAGCGAGUUUCUAUUGCAGAAACCCUCGCUACUAAGAGCACAGUCGUUUCUUGGGACAACUCGACUCGUGGACUCGACGCAUCAACUGCAUUAGACUACGCAAACUCACUCAGAGUGAUGACGGACAUCAGCAAUAGAACGACACUAGUCACCCUUUAUCAAGCUGGAGAGCAAAUAUAUGAGCUCAUGGACAAAGUAUUGGUAAUUGAUGAGGGACGAAUGGUGUAUUCAGGACCAGCAAGUGAUGCCAAGAGUUACUUCGAGAGGAUAGGAUACUAUUGCCCGCCAAGACAGACCACCGCAGACUUUUUGACGGCUUGCACGGAUCCUGCCGAACGCCGGUUUCAAAAGGAUUUCCAAGGACCCAUUCCAAAAGGCCCCGUUGAACUUGAGAAAGCCUUCAGAGAAAGUGAAGAUUACAAAUUACUUCAGGAAGAUGUCGACUCUUAUGAGAGGAUGCUACAUGAAACCGACCAUGCGGACGCACGACAAUUCAAAGCUUCCGUGGAAGAGACGAAAUCCAAGACUGUUGGUCCCCGGUCACCUUACACAGUUUCAUUCUUUCGUCAAGUCCUUGCUUGCACAAAGCGUGAAAUUGAAUUAACUCUGGGAGAUAAGACAACUUUGUAUACCAAGUUUUUCAUUAUAAUUUCUAACAGCUUGAUUGUUGGCUCCUUGUUUCAUGGUCAAUCGUCCAACACACUUGGAAACUUCUCCCGGGGUGGUACUCUCUUCUUCUCAAUUCUGUUCCUUGGAUGGCUUCAAUUAUCUGAAUUAAUGAAAGCUGUCGGUGGUAGACCAAUCAUUUCCAGACACAAAGAUUAUGCCUUCUACCGUCCGUCAGCCGUUGUAAUUGCUCGUGUCGUUCAGGACUUUCCGCUUUUACUGCUGCAGGUUGUCCCUUUCUCGAUUGUAGUGUAUUUCAUCACCGGACUUGAUGUGGAUGCUGGAAAGUACUUCAUCUACGUGUUGUUCAUUUACCUGACGACAAUUUGCAUCACCUCUUUAUAUCGUAUGUUUGCCGCACUUUCGCCAUCGAUUGAUGAUGCUGUUCGAUUUUCGGGUAUUGGACUCAAUCUUCUGAUUAUCUACACUGGUUAUGUAAUUCCAAAACCACAAUUAGUGUCCGAAUAUAUCUGGUUUGGGUGGCUAUACUACAUCAAUCCUCUGUCGUAUUCCUUCGAAGCCGUCAUUUCAGACGAAUUCUAUAACAAGAAUAUCCCUUGUGCACCGGAUCAAAUUGUUCCCAGUGGUCCAGGCUAUACGAAUCCUGAGUUUCAGGGUUGUGCAUCCACUGGUGCUGAGGUCGGAAGCUUGAGUGUGUCCGGAGCUAGAUACCUUGAGCAAAGUUUCAACUACUCAAGGUCUCAUCUUUGGAGGAAUUUCGGUGUCGUGAUUGCCUGGACUGUACUUUACAUUAUUGUCACUGCUGUUGCCACUGAGGUAUUUGACUUUACUUCUGGUGGAGGUGGUGCACUCGAAUUCAAGCGUUCCAAAGCCGCGAAGAACAAGGUCAAGGCGGAAAAUGCCACACCUGAUGAGGAAAACUCACCAGCUUCUACCAGUCCAAUACCUACAAGCGGCGCCUCUUCCAGCAACACCCUUGAACCACCCAAAGAAGAAGCACUCAAAGAUAUCACUGGAUCUGAAUCUGUGUUUACAUGGGAAAACGUCGAGUAUACAGUGCCAUAUCUUGGCGGCGAGCGCAAACUUCUCAACAAAGUCAACGGUUAUGCAAAACCUGGUCUUAUGGUGGCACUGAUGGGAGCUAGUGGAGCUGGAAAGACGACACUUCUGAAUACCCUUUCUCAACGUCAAAAGACAGGUGUAGUUACCGGUGAUAUGUUAGUUGAUGGACGACCACUAGGAACUGAAUUCCAGAGAGGUACAGGAUUUUGCGAGCAAAUGGAUCUUCAUGACGGCACGGCUACUAUUCGAGAAGCUCUUGAGUUCUCGGCUAUCCUUCGACAAGAACAUACGGUUCCAAGAGCCGAGAAGAUUGAGUAUGUAGACAAAAUCAUUGACCUCCUCGAAUUGGGAGAUAUGCAAGAUGCUUUGGUCAGAUCUUUGGGCGUAGAGCAGAGAAAGAGAGUCACCAUUGGUGUUGAACUAGCAGCAAAACCUAACCUUCUCCUCUUCUUGGAUGAGCCCACCUCUGGUCUCGACUCACAAUCCGCCUAUUCCAUCGUUCGUUUCCUGAAGAAGCUUUCUGCAGCUGGUCAAGCUAUCGUUUGUACAAUCCAUCAACCCUCCUCGGUCCUCAUCCAAGAGUUCGAUAUGAUCUUAGCCUUGAAUCCAGGUGGUAACACAUUCUAUUUCGGGCCUGUUGGCGAAAACGGUUCGGCGGUGGUAAAAUACUUUGCUGACCGUGGAGUACAAUGCCCACCCCAAAAGAACGUCGCGGAAUUCAUUCUUGAAACUGCUGCCAAGGGUGGAAAACGUCGCGAUGGCAAGAAAGUUAAUUGGAACGAGGAAUGGCUUAAUUCGAACGAAAACAAGACUGUUAUGCAGGAGAUUGAGCGCAUCAAGUCCGAGCGUGGCCAAGUUGCCGCUCCAGAAGCUAAUUCCCAGCGUGAAUUUGCUUCUCCGGUUAUGCUACAAACAACUGAACUGACUAAACGCCUCUUCACUCAAUACUGGCGUGACCCAUCCUAUCUCUACGGCAAGCUAUUCACAUCUGUCAUCAUCGGUAUCUUCAAUGGCUUCACAUUUUGGCAGCUGGGUUACAGUAUUAUUGAUAUGCAGAACCGAAUGUUCACUUCGUUCUUGAUCAUUCUUAUCCCGCCUACCAUUGUUAAUGCUGUUGUGCCUAAGUUCUACCAGAACCGCGCACUAUGGGAAGCCCGAGAACUCCCUUCGAGAAUUUAUGGUUGGGUUGCUUUUUGCACUGCGAACAUCGUCGCUGAGAUACCAAUUGCUAUUAUCGGGGCAGUGAUUUAUUGGGCUUUAUGGUAUUGGCCCACUGGUCUCCCAAGUGAUUCUUCCACUUCUGGUUAUGUAUUCCUCAUGACAAUGCUAUUCUUCCUCUUCCAAGCAUCAUGGGGUCAGUGGAUUUGCGCUUUCGCUCCAUCAUUCACUGUAAUCUCCAAUGUUCUACCCUUCUUCUUCGUCAUGUUUGGUCUCUUCAACGGUGUUGUACGCCCUUACUCUCAAAUGUCCGUUUUCUGGCGCUACUGGCUUUAUUACCUUAAUCCAGCCACUUAUUGGAUUGGCGGUGUUAUCGCUGCUACACUCUCCAAGGUUCCUGUUGAAUGUGCUUCCAACGAAGCUGCUUAUUUCAAUCCUCCAUCGGGACAAACAUGCUCCUCUUAUGCUAGUGACUUUGUCACUUCUGCUGGAGUAGGUUAUUUGACGAAUCCAGAUGCGACGACAAAUUGCGGAUAUUGUCCAUACGCCAGUGGACAGGAAUACAUGAGGAAUUUGAACGUCACUCCAGAUGACAAAUGGAAAUAUUUUGGUAUUUUCUUGGCAUUUUGCAUCAGCAAUUGGGCGUUGGUUUACUUCUUCAUCUACACGGUGAGAAUUCGAGGAUGGAGUUUUGGAUUUGCUACCUUAUUUGGGGGAUUGGGCAAGUUGGUCGGGAAGGUCAAGAGUGCCUUUAAGGGAAAAGAGAAGAAGAAUGUGGAUGAAUCAAAGUAG